UCCUCGGCGGUUCUCUGGAAAGUUCGGUGCCCUUCCUCCGGGAGAGAGAGCGGUUUAAAUCGGACACCUCCGUGACAGUUUGCAGCUCGAUGCUGGACUAAGAGAGGCACGGCGUCGCAAGCGUGGGGGCUCGCUACAUUUCCAAGUGGACCAUCUCUAGCUAGCCUACUGGUGCUCAACCGCGAUUUCAGUAGCUACGAGUGCUGCAUCUAGACCAGUUGGUGUAUCUCGAUUGAGAAAAGUGAUCUGUUACUAGCGUGCUAACCAACCAGCGUUGCCGUAGCAAAAUAAUACAACCAAGUUGCCUAACUAACUAGCAAGCUAAGCAACAAAGAGCUGAUCCUGCUAUUAUUUGAUACGCUGGGAGCACGAUAGCUAAACAUUGUUAUUUUGGCAGCGCCUUCAAAGUUAUUUUCAUUGCUGGUCGACGCAGAUCGAGUCUGGGUUAUUGAUCAUAGGCAGAGCGUUCCCGAUAACGCUGUUUAUUAUUUUGUAGCAUAUUUUGCUAGCUCGCCGCCUCACGUUUUAGCUGUUCAGCUAGCGAGCCAGUUAUCCCGAUUGCCAAGGAUUUUGCAAACGGCUACAGAUCGGAUAUAACAUGACUGCAGAAGAAGUGACCAACGGACAGCAAGCCAUGGAAGGAGACGAUAUAACGCUGAAGAAAGAUGGAGGAGUUUUAAAGCUGGUGAAGAAAGAGGGCACGGGGACGGAGCUGCCCAUGACCGGAGACAAAGUCUUUGUGCACUAUGUCGGCACCCUGCUGGACGGCACCAAGUUCGACUCCAGCCGCGACCGGGGGGAAAAGUUCUCCUUUGAGCUGGGGAAAGGUCAGGUGAUCAAGGCAUGGGACCUGGGUGUGGCCACUAUGAAGAUCGGGGAGGUGAGCCAGUUCAUCUGUAAGCCCGAGUAUGCCUAUGGGUCAGCCGGGAGCCCCCCGAAAAUCCCGCCCAACGCCACCCUGGUGUUCGAGGUGGAGCUGUUCGAGUUCCACGGGGAGGAUGUGACCGAGGACGAGGACGGCGGCAUCAUCCGCAGGAUCAUCACCAAGGGCCAGGGCUACUCCAAGCCCAACGAGGGAGCGGCGGUCGAAGUGAACGUGGAAGGCAAGUUUGAAGAGAGGGUGUUUGACCAGCGGGAGCUGAAGUUCGAGGUGGGCGACGGGGAGAGCCUGGGCCUGCCCCCGGGCGUGGAGAAGGCCAUCAUGGCCAUGGAGCAGGGGGAGGAGUCCCUGUUCACCAUCAUGCCAAAGUACGGAUACGGAAACGCUGGAAAUGCUAAGUUCAACAUUCCGCCCGGCGCGACUCUUCAGUACAAAGUGAAGCUGAGCGCCUUUGAGAAGGCCAAAGAGUCCUGGGAAAUGAACACAGCUGAGAAGCUGGAGCAAAGUGCCAUUGUGAAGGAGAAAGGAACGCAGUACUUUAAAGAGGGGAAGUUCAAGCAGGCGUCGGUGCAGUACAAGCGCAUCGUGUCGUGGCUGGAGCACGAGUCGGGCCUGCAGCAGGAGGAUGAGCAAAAGGCCCGGGCCCUGCGGCUGGCCGCCCACCUCAACCUGGCCAUGUGCUACCUGAAGAUGCAGGAGCACAGCCUGGCGCUGGAGAACUGCGACAAGGCCCUGGAGCUGGACGACAGCAACGAGAAGGCCCUGUUCCGCCGGGGGGAGGCCCUCUGCGCCAUGAAGGAAUUCGAGCGGGCGCGGGCCGACUUCCAGAAGGUGCUGCAGCUGUACCCUGCCAACAAGGCCGCCAAGGCACAGGUGGCCGUCUGCCAGAGGCAGAUCAAGGAGCAGCACGAGAAGGACAAGCGCCUGUACGCCAACAUGUUCCAGAAGUUCGCCGAGAGGGACGCCAAGAAAGAGGCUGAGAAGGUGAAGGAGGUGAAGAGCGAGAACGGCGGAGGUGUGGACAUGGAGGAGAACGCAGUGCAAGAGGAAACGGCAGCAUAGACGACAACCCUUUCUCCUUUUUUCUUUUUUUCGUUUGAUGUUAUUUUUUCGUCAUUUUUUUUUUCUUUUGUUGAUGUUUUUUAAGAACUUUUGUAACUUAAAGAAUUCUCGUUUGUUUGUAGAGCGUGUUUUCGCGUGCGGGUGAGAGAAGAGUAGGGAGGCGUCGUUUGCUGUGCCCGCCCCCCCCCUCCCGGGAGCGGGGAAGCGGGGAAGCUCGCUCUUUGCUGGAGAGUCAUUGGUCAGGUUCUAAACGACUAUUACUGUACGGCUUUCCUCCCGUCUGUCUCCAUUGGCUUUGCUGUGUAUUGCCUUCUGUCUUUGUGCAGUUAGCGCCGGCUGUAGAGGAGCCCCCUCUGAGGGCAGCGCGGUAGCUAGUUCCCCUGCCGCAUGCUUCUCGCGCACAGAAGCCCAGUGCCUACAAUGGGGGUAACGCUUCUGAAGCUGACGUCAGUAAGGGUGAUCCCAGGUGUCUGUAGCUGGCAGCGAAGCUGAAGCUGUUGCUGUGUAAAGGAAGACAGAUUCCGAAAGGGUUUGCAGACCGUAGGGAUUUUUGAGAAUGAGUCCCGCUGAACCUGGGUCGAGAGGAGUGGCCAAGCUGGUUCAUAAAGACAGUCAUUGGUUCCUGUGAUUUAGUGCGCUGGGAGGAGUCGCUAAACUGGUUCACACAGUCAGUCAUUGGUUCUCGUGGUUUAAUGCUGGGCUGGGGGGAGGAGCCUACGGGACCCUUUCCCUUUAAGUUUAAGACGCUUUUCAGCGGAUUGUUACUCCUCAUGUGUCUGUCCGGUUUGUCCUGUCCCGUGAUGGCAAAAUCCCGCUGAGACUCCCGAAGGGCUAUUCCAUCUGCGCUGGACUCCGUCACUGUUCCGCCCUCCUGCUGCCAGGCCAGGCACCCCUGUUGGUCCUGGAGAUCCGCGGUCGCGAUCGCGUGCGUGGGUGUCCUUGAAACAUAUGAUUGACUGGCAAUUAGCAGCCCUGGUUAUGAAUUUAGCACCUGGGUCUGGAACAGAGACCAGAAAGCGGUGGAUCUCCUGCACAUGCCGCUGUCUCCAGUGGUAUCUGCUGGCAGAAAGCUAGCUAAACGUCUCAGUGCCCUGUAGCGUGAUUGCAGUGCUCCUUGUGUAUGUACCGUCUGUGUGGCGAGAAAGACAGCAGACAUAUAGAUUCAAAGCUACAGCAGUGAAGGCCGAACGCAACCGCUGUUAAUGAAGUUUGCAAUAUUGCGCCAACUGGUCUGUUCCUGUUUGUCUAUAAAGCCGAAGAUGCAAUUAUUCAUUCUGCACAGCCUGGGUAAC